CCAUUUUGGUUUUGUUCCCGUCUGCAGUCGCGAAGCCAGCAGCGCAGUUACACCGGAGAGGAGACUCGCAGCUCGACAACGUAGUGACUCGACAGUAUAGCGCCGACCGUCCGAAAUCCCGCAGCCCGCGUUUCUUUUUCUCUCCGUACAGAACCGUCGACUAUACACUCAUCGUUAGUACCGACAUCUAGACACUGCGGGAGAGGAGCGGGUUCGCAUUGGGAAGGGACCGAGAAGCAUUAUUGAUGUCCAGCUCGCCGCUGUCCAAGAAGCGUCGCUUGUCAGGAACAGAGACGAAGACGGGAUCCCACUGCUCCUCCUCUAACUCUGUCAGAACUGAUCUGUCCCACACACCUGCCAACGGCAUGGCUAAGAAUGGCAAUGAUGCUGAGAUUGAUGAAGGCCUGUACUCCAGACAACUUUACGUGUUGGGCCAUGAAGCUAUGAAGCGCAUGCAGAACUCCAAUGUCCUUGUCUCUGGUAUGAGAGGUCUUGGAGUGGAGAUUGCCAAGAAUGUCAUCCUGGGUGGAGUUAGAAGUGUCACUGUACAUGAUCAUGGAGUUGCAGAAUGGAGAGACCUGUCCUCUCAGUUUUACCUCCGGGAGGAAGAUCUGGGGAAGAACAGGGCAGAGGUGAGCCAGCCACGCUUGGCUGAGCUCAAUAGCUAUGUUCCUGUGACCGCCUACACCGGAGCACUCGCCGAUGACUACCUGACCAAAUUCCAGGUGGUAGUACUGACUAACUCAACUCUGGAGGAGCAGCAGCAAGUGGGGGAUCUCUGCCACAGCAAAGGGAUCAAGCUGGUCGUCGCCGACACCCGUGGUCUGUUUGGCCAGCUUUUCUGUGACUUUGGUGAAGAGAUGAUUGUGUUUGACACCAAUGGAGAGCAGCCGCUAAGUGCCAUGAUUUCCAUGAUCACCAAGGACAAUCAAGGGGUUGUGACAUGUCUGGAUGAGGCUCGUCAUGGCUUUGAGAGCGGAGACUUUGUCACUUUCACAGAGGUUCAGGGUAUGACAGAGCUCAAUGGCUGCCAGCCAGUGGAAAUCAAAGUGCUGGGUCCUUACACCUUCAGCAUCUGUGACACAGCUGGCUUUACAGAUUAUGUGAGAGGAGGAAUUGUCUCCCAGGUCAAGAUGCCCAAGAAGAUUGCUUUUAAAUCCCUCUCUUCCUCCAUGGCUGAGCCAGAGUUCAUUAUGACAGACUUUGCCAAGUUUGACCGUCCAGGGCAGCUGCAUGUGGGCUUCCAGGCUAUCCAUGCCUUCCAGAAGAAACACAACCACCUUCCUGCGCCCUGGAGCCAGACUGAUGGUGAUGAGCUGUUGACAUUAGCCAAGGAGGUGAACUCUGCCCAGACGGGGUCCGCCAAAGUGGAGCAGCUGGACGAAGCGCUUAUCAAAAAGUUGUCAUUUGUCGGUGCUGGUGAUCUGGCCCCUGUUAAUGCCUUCAUUGGGGGUCUGGCAGCACAGGAAGUGAUGAAGGCAUGCACAGGAAAAUUUAUGCCAAUUAUGCAGUGGCUGUACUUUGAUGCCCUGGAAUGUCUGGCCGAAGAGGAAGGAGUCAUCCUCACCGAGGAAGAGUGCGCCCCUAGGAACUGUCGUUACGAUGGGCAGAUUGCAGUGUUUGGCACCAAGCUGCAGGAUAUGCUUGGCAAGCAGCGCUACUUCCUGGUUGGAGCCGGUGCUAUUGGCUGUGAGCUGUUGAAGAACUUUGCCAUGAUCGGACUGGCUGGUGGAGAGGGCGAGGUCAUUGUGACGGACAUGGACACCAUCGAGAAGUCCAACCUCAACAGACAGUUCCUCUUCAGACCCUCAGACGUCACGAAAAUGAAGAGCGAUACUGCAGCGGCGGCAGUGAAGCAGAUGAACCCUUCGAUCAGGAUCACAGGUCACCAAAACAGAGUGGGCCCCGACACAGAGAGGGUCUACGACGACGACUUCUUUGAAAGCCUCCACGGAGUGGCCAACGCACUGGACAACGUUGACGCACGUAUGUACAUGGACCGGAGGUGUGUGUACUACCGUAAACCCUUACUGGAGUCUGGUACUCUGGGUACCAAAGGCAAUGUCCAGGUCGUGAUCCCCUUCCUCACAGAGUCGUACAGCUCCAGCCAAGACCCGCCAGAGAAGUCCAUCCCCAUCUGCACCCUGAAGAACUUCCCGAAUGCUAUUGAACACACACUGCAGUGGGCCCGUGAUGAGUUCGAGGGAUUAUUCAAACAGCCACCAGAGAACGCUAUGCAGUACCUUCAAGAUCCCAAGUUCAUGGAGCGCACUCUGAAGCUUCCCGGAGCUCAGCCCGUGGAGGUGCUGGAGGCCGUCUUCAAGAGUUUGGUCACAGACUGCCCCCACAGCUGGGCUGCCUGUGUAGCCUGGGCACGCAACCACUGGCAGUGCCAAUACAGCAACAACAUCCGCCAGCUACUGCACAACUUCCCCCCAGAUCAGCUCACCAGCUCUGGUGCCCCCUUCUGGUCCGGCCCUAAGAGGUGUCCCCACCCCCUAGAAUUCAGCACUAGCAACGAGCUGCACAUGGAUUAUAUCGUGGCAGCAGCCAACCUGUUUGCUCAGACGUACGGCGUACAAGGCAGCACCGACCGCGCGGGUGUAGUCAAGAUCUUGCAGGAGGUUAAGGUGCCGACCUUUACCCCUCGUUCAGGGGUUAAAAUCCACGUCUCGGAUCAGGAGCUGCAGAACAGUAACUCCUCUGUUGAUGACUCGAGACUGGACGAGCUGAAGGUCCAGCUGCCUUCCCCCGAGACUUCCCAGUUCAAACUCUGCUCCAUCGACUUUGAGAAGGAUGAUGACACAAACUUCCACAUGGACUUCAUUGUGGCAUCGUCCAACCUGAGAGCGGAGAACUACGACAUUCCCCCAACAGACAGACACAAGAGCAAGCUGAUAGCCGGCAAGAUCAUUCCUGCCAUCGCCACCACCACAGCUGCAGUGGUGGGCCUGGUGUGCCUGGAGCUCAUCAAGAUAGUCCAGGGUCACAAGAAGCUGGAGUCGUUCAAGAAUGGCUUCAUGAACUUGGCCCUGCCUUUCUUUGCCUUCUCAGAACCCAUUGCUGCUCCCAAACACAAGUACUACGAGAUUGAUUGGACAUUGUGGGAUCGCUUCGAGGUGACGGGGCUGCAGCCCAGUGGGGAGGAGAUGACACUCCGACAGUUCUUGGACUACUUUAAAAACGAGCAGAAGUUGGAGAUCACCAUGCUUUCUCAGGGAGUGUCCAUGCUCUAUUCCUUCUUCAUGCCUGCUGCCAAACUCAAAGAGAGACUGGACCUGCCGAUGACGGAGAUUGUGACUAAGGUGUCCAAAAAGAAGCUGGGCAAGCACGUGAAAGCCCUCGUGUUUGAGCUCUGCUGUAACGACCUGUCGGAUGAAGACGUGGAAGUGCCCUAUGUCAGAUACACCAUCCGCUGAGCUCCACACUGUGCCCACCCACACUGACGGUGGGGGUUGCAGGGGGAGACGGGGUGGUUGUUUUAAGUGAGGAUUUGAGGUGGGGAUCUGGGGUGGGUGGGUGGGUUGAUCCAGGUCAGCUAUAUUGGAUCAAUCAGUUUUUUUUGUCAGGCCUGUGGUUUGUGUGAACCUGUGCCUGAGUGUACAUAGCCCCAGUAAGCUGACUUUAAGGAUACCUGUAUGUGUGUUUAGGGAACCAGUUGGUGCUCGGCUGUGGGAACAGGGGCGUCGGAGGAGGAAGGGAGCAUGUAUACUGGACCUCCUCAUGUUUCUCAGUAGCAGAACCUCUGCUCAGUUUAAUUCCAAGCCUUAGGGUUCUCUUGGUACUCCGACUAGUAUCCCCCCCCCCCCCCCCCCCCCCCAAAAAAAACAUCCUCACACUGUCACUAGCCUUCAGCACUAAAAGGAGCGAUGUUUGGUUUUAACUCUCUCCUCCACUCUACUUGCUCUCUUCCCUCCUCCAGCUCCUGUCUCGUAGGCCUUGUCCCACAUCACAGUUUUGUUUUGUUUCUGUGUUUAGUUUUUCUUUUCAAAGAUGCAAGUAAAAGAAGUUCAGCUAAGAAUCCCCAAAGUAGUGACACCCCGAGGUCAUAUCCCUGAAUUCUACCUGACAACCCUGCAUUUGAAACCGUAGAGCCGCCUGAAGACGCAGUUAAACCUGAGUCCACGGCAUCUCCAGACUGGAAAAAUAAGUAAUCACACGCCAGCAGAAUAGGGACCCUUGCUGGUUCGAAGCACCCUUAACACACCCACCUCACCCAGCACUCUGUGACUUUGGAGGGGCUCUUGCACAUGACAUCAGUUUUCUCUUUAUAUUUCAUGUGUUUUGUUGUUUUCUAUUUUAUUUUUUAGGGGUGGGGGGGGUUGAGAGUGGACAAAAGUUUCAAACACACCUUGUAGAUCAUAAACCGUCUUCUUUCUACUUUAACUCCAGAUGUCAUUACAGUGUAAAAGCAAGGCAAUGAGAUGUAUCCUGAAAUGCGAGCACUUAGCGUGAUAGUGAAUAAACAUGUAAAAAUA